AUGGAUUCGCCUCGCUCGCACCUCCCUGGGUCCCUCCCUACCCCUCUCACUCUCACCUCCUCUGCCCGCUGCCACUUGCUGCCGCCUGGAAUGGCCACCACUUCCCCACAAUGCCCUCCGUCCCUCCCCCUUGUGACAACCCCUCUCACCUAUUCCUCCCACUCGCCACCCCCAUCCGCCUCUGCCACCCCGCCUCCCCUGCCAGCAGCGACAGCCCCUCCCACAGCCUCGUACCAACCCUCUUUUUGCUUCCACACCCACUCAUCCCCCGCACCACCCGCAAUCCCACGCACCACCCCCCAUCCCACGCACCACCUACCAUCCCCACGGACAACUCACCUCCCCAUCAAGAAACAGUGCGAAGCGGGCGGCAUGGAGGGAAGGUGGUCCCUGGAAUGGGAGAUGGCUUUUCCCGCGCUCUGCUGCACCCAUGGGCAACGCACAUGGGCGGCGGGGUCAGGACACGGGCGGCGGGGUCAGGACACGGGCGGCGGGGUCGUGACAUGGGUUGGCACAUGGGUGGCAGAAAGACAAGAGGAAGGGGGCGGGAGAGAGGGUGAGGAGAUGGCGAUGACGUGGCGAUGGCAUCAUGGCGCGGAUGAGCACACGCAGCACGAUGCCCACCAGCUCAUGCCUGCCAUGCCCCGGGAGGGGGGAGAUGAGGGAGGGGUGGGGACAGACGGGAGAGGGGGGAGACGAGGGGAGAGUGGGGUCUAA